AUGUCGGCACCCCGGCUGCUCACGAUUCAGCUGCUGCUCUUGCUGGACGCCUGGUGGGCGCGCGCAGCCGCCCCGCGCUGCACCUACACCUUCGUGCUGCCCCCGCAGAAGUUCACAGGCGCCGUGUGCUGGAGCGGGCCGGCGGCUCCGCGCCCGACUCCGGAGGCCGUGAACGUCAGCGACGUGGCGGCGCUGCGCGUGCGAGUGGGCCGCCACGAGGAGAUGCUGCGCGAACUUCAGCGGCUGGCGACGGCCGACGGCGCUGUAGCCGGCGAGGUGCGUGCGCUGCGCAAGGAGAGCCGUGGCCUGAGCGCGCGCCUGGGCCAGCUGCGCGCGCAGCUGCAGCACGAGGCGGGCCCGGGGGCGGGGCUAGGCCUGGGGGCGGAGCCUGCCGCCGCGCUGGCGCUGCUUGGGGAGCGCGUGCUGAACGCCUCGGCCGAGGCGCAGCGGGCCGCCGCCCGCUUCCACCAGCUGGACGUCAAGUUCCGCGAGUUGGCACAGCUGGUCAGCCAGCAGAGUGGCCUCAUCUCCCGCCUGGAACGCCUGUGUCCGGGGAGUGCGGGCGAGCAGCAGCAGGUCCUGCCACCGCCCCUGGUGCCUGUGGUUCCAGUCAGUCUGGUAGGUGGCACCAAUGACACCAGCAGGAGGCUAAACUCAUCCCCAGAAUCCCAGAGAGACCAGACCCUGAGACCGCAGGGGCCCUUGGCCUCUCCUGUGCCCUCAGGGAACCCUGCUGUCUCUACCAAGCCAGCAGGCCCAUGGCGGGAUUGUGCAGAGGCCCGCCAGGCAGGCCAUGGACGGAGCGGAGUGUAUGAGCUACGAGUGGGCCGGCAUGUGAUGUCAGCAUGGUGUGAGCAACAGCUGGAGGGUGGAGGCUGGACUGUGAUCCAGAGGCGGCAAGAUGGCUCCGUCAACUUCUUCACUACCUGGCAGCACUACAAGGCGGGCUUUGGGCAGCCUGAUGGGGAAUACUGGCUGGGCCUUGAACCUGUGCAUCAGCUGACCAGCCAUGGGGACCAUGAGCUACUGGUGCUCCUUGAGGACUGGGGAGGCCGCAGGGCACGUGCCCACUAUGAUGGUUUUUCCCUGGAGCCUGAGAGUGACCACUACCGCCUACGGCUUGGCCAUUACCAUGGAGAUGCUGGAGACUCUCUAUCCUGGCACAAUGACAAGCCUUUCAGCACCGUGGAUAGGGACCGAGACUCCUAUUCUGGUAACUGCGCCCUGUACCAGCGGGGAGGCUGGUGGUACCAUGCCUGUGCCCACUCCAACCUCAAUGGUGUGUGGCAUCAUGGUGGCCACUACCGUAGCCGUUACCAGGACGGCGUUUAUUGGGCCGAGUUUCGUGGUGGGGCUUACUCUCUCAAGAAGGCUGCCAUGCUGAUCAGGCCCCUGAGGCCGUGACCAUCUGUUCAUCUGUCCCCCAGGUCACAGGGGAUGUGUGUCAGCAGGAGCCCAAGUUGUCCUGGCCACACCUCCUUUGUGACUCAGUGUGGGCUGUGUCCCACAGACCUCUUCUCGUUGUGGAUCUGCUCCCCAGGACCCUGAAAACAGCACCCAGGAACCCCCCUGCCAAUAUCUUGGACCCAGACGGCUCCCCAAGGGCAUUUAGAUCUCCGUUUGAGCUCAUAUUUUAUAACAACACAAAAUAUCCACA